ACUUUCUGAACCACACUCAUCUUUACUUUGGACAGUUGUCUUUCUAGGUACUUAUUCGUGGUAUGGUCAAUAUAACUCGUCUUUUAUUAAGCACUGCGCUUCUCCUAGCCACCGCAUGCACUGCUGCGCCGUCUCACCAGCAUGUUUUCAACCAGCACCAUCACGGCGCCGCAGCAUCUAAGGCGUCUGGCCGUGUGGCUAAUCCAGCGAUGGUAGACAUGAGCCAGUGGACAACAGUGUCCACAAUGGAUGCGAUCCCCAACUAUCGACUGCGCGUGAAGAACCCGGGUCUAUGUGAUACCAGCGUCAACCAGUACAGCGGGUACCUCGACACCGCCGAGGACAAGCACUUUUUCUUCUGGUUCUUUGAAGCGCGCAAGGUCAAGCGCGAAGAUGCGCCGCUCAUUUUGUGGCUCAACGGUGGCCCUGGCUGCAGUUCGUUCACCGGUCUGCUGAUGGAGCUUGGCCCGUGCCGUGUCAGUGAGGGUGGCAACGGCACAGACCACAAUCCGUUUAGUUGGAACGAUCGUGCGCACAUCAUCUUCCUUGACCAGCCCACCAAUGUUGGCUUCUCGUACGGCUCAGACGUGUUCAACUCUAUUGCGGCCGGAAAGGACGUCAACGCUUUGCUCCAGCUGUUCUACAAAAGCUUCCCCGAGUAUGCCAACAGCGAGCUCCAUGUUUUUGGCGAGUCAUACGGCGGCCACUAUGUCCCAGCUGUGGCAAAGGCAAUCCAUGAGGCGAAUAAGGAGCUGGAGAACAAGCGGUCGCUGAGCCUUCUUUCCGUGAGUGAGGAGGAGCAGAUUGUGCUGCCGCUGGCUUCUAUUGGGAUCGGAAACGGCAUCGUUGACUCGCUGGUGCAAAACAAGUACUACUCGAAGAUGGCUUGCAAUUCAACCUAUCCGCCUGUUCUGGACCAGAAGAGCUGCGACGCAAUGGAUGCAGCCUACCCAACAUGCGCCCGACUGAUCAAGGCAUGUUAUGCGUGGAGCACAACUCUGACAUGUGUGCCUGCUAUGAUGUACUGCCUCGAUCAUAUUGAGGAAAAGUACUAUGAAGCGGGAAAGAACCCCUAUGACGUGCGCCUUGACUGCAAGAGCGGUGACAUGUGUUACCCAAUCAUGACGGAUAUCGACAACUACCUGAACGAUGCUAGUGUGCAGAAGGCGCUUGGAGCGGAGGUCAAGAAAUUUGAGUCAUGCUCCGAGAAGGUGAACUAUGGAUUCUCACUCAACGGCGAUCUGGUCAAGCCCUUCCACCAUUACAUCCCGCCGCUUCUUGCCGACAACAUCCGCGUGCUUAUCUAUGCUGGCGAUGCCGAUUUCGUAUGCAACUGGUACGGCAACAAGGCGUGGUCGAUGGAGCUCGAGUGGCCUGGAAAGGAAUCAUUCAACGCUGCCGGCGAUGAGCUAUGGUCGGUGGACGGUGUGGGUGCUGGCGAGGUGCGCACACAUGGGAACUUCACAUUCCUGCGCGUGUUUGGUGCCGGACACAUGGUUCCGUACGACCAGCCCGUGAACUCGCUCGACAUGAUCAACAAGUGGAUAGCGAAUGCUCCGUACGUUUAAGUGAGCAGCUGCAGCCGCGAAUAUAUUUUUAUGAACAUUGGUGUGAAUGGUGCUCAGCACACAGCAACUUCAGAAAA